UCCCCAAAGAAUUUCCUAAUCCCCCUGAUCCCAAAGAUAGUAGAGAAGCCAACCCACCUGAUCCCGAAGGCACCCAAAGCAGAUCGAGAAGAAGCUCGCUGAGGAGGAGAUGGCAACUAAGAAGGCGGAGAAGACCCUAGUCGGGAAGAAGCCUAAUGCUGAGAAGAGGCUGCCGGCCGGCAAGUCCGCCAGCAAGGACGACGAGAAGAAGGGCAAGAAGAAGGUGAACAAGAGUUUGGAGAUGUACAAGAUAUACAUCUUUAAGGUGCUCAAGCAGGUCCACCCCAACAUGGGAAUCUCCUCCAAGGCUAUGUCCAUCAUGAACUCGUUCAUGAAUGAUCUUUUCGAGAAACUAGCGGCGGAGGCGGCCAAGCUUGCGUGGUACAACAAGAAAUCCACCAUCACCUCCCGUGAUAUCCAGACCUCGGUUUGCCUCAUCCUCCCCGGCGAGCUCGCCAAGCACGCCGUCUCCGAGGGCACCAAGGCCGUCACCAAGUUCACCACCUCUUAGGCGAUGCGGUUGUGUUGUGAUCGUCUCUGUCGUGCUUAGAUCUGUAGUAGGAGCCUCUCUUGAGGGGUGUCAAGCUGGAACUUUUUUCAUUAUCUAAAAAAUUCUAUGUACUAGGUGCUGCAGUGGUGGAAGUUACCCUGGUCGUCAAUCUAUCUCCAAUAGUUGGUCUCCUGAAUGAUGUAAGAAGGCUGUGCGUGUGCUUUUGUGAUUCGGGUGUCAUGUUCCUAAAUAGUAUGGUUCAUCCUUGCAAUUACUGAUUGCGAAUUUACAUGUCUCGCUCGAGGUCAUA